CCAUCAACACGUUCUCACAAAACUAAACUCGACUCUACGCAAGAUCUCUCAAUGGAAUCGACUUCACUCUGUUCUUCUUCACCAUUCCUCCCCUUGAAUUUCACUACCCGCCAAUCCCACCGCCCGAGAUUUAGUCCAUUCGCGUCCCGAGGAAGGAAGCACGACGCCGUGGUUUUGGCUGCGAGACGCGACAGCAAUGAGGGGGGUUGCAGCGGGCGGCUCGCCGACGAGGGCAUGAUAAUCCUGAGGAAGCGGAUUCACGAGAUGAAGAUGAUUGAGCGCAAUUACGAGCCCCCCAAGGAUUGGAUGGAGUGGGAGAAGAAAUACUACACUUGCUACGACGAGUACGUGUGCAAGUUCGUCGGCGUGUUGCAGUCUCGAUUGAUGAGCACUAGGCCGAGCGUGGCUGUCGGGAUGCUAGCUUUCAUGAUGAUGAGCAUCCCGGUUUCGACAGCGGUGAUCUUAUCGAGAGCAGUCGAAGUGGCCAUCAGGGCUUGGUCGGCCGUUAGUUUGAAUUGAAAUGUACAUAGAACAGAUUAGAUGCCAAGUGAAGCGAUAGUGACAACUUUUUUGCCUUCCCACGCUUUGGUCUUGGGGCAGAACUUCCUUUUCUGCUUGUAUUUGGAUCAAGUGAGGAACUUCUUUUGAUUUACUGUACGAAUCUUGAUGCACCAAAUCUAAGAUUGAUUAUAUUUCAUUAGUA